UAAGUCAAAAAAUUGAUUCUUUUCUACUCUUUACAGUCGUAUGAUGGAACCCAAGGGACUGCUUUCGUCUCAUAUGUCAUCUGUUUUCGACUAGUACUAUAAAACUCUGCUCCUCCUCAUUCCCUUCACCUCACUUUCAACACCCAUCUCCUAUUUCUUUGUCAAGUUUCAAUCUUUUGCGCUAUGGCUGCCUCCAACUCUUCUUAUGAUCAGACUUCAGCAGCUAUAGCAACAGCGACUAAGAAUGUGGAAGAUUUCAAAGUUCAUGUGUUCUCAUCCUCUGAAGAGUUACUUGAAAAGUUGCACGAGAAAUGGAAUUCAGUGAAGCAGCAACCUUAUCCAGCAAUGUAUUCUAGCAUAUUUGGCGGAAUCAUUCUUGAUCCAGCAAUGAUGGUUAUUCCAAUGGAUGAUCACAUGGUUCAUCGAGGACAUGGUGUCUUUGACACCGCUAUUAUUUUGGACGGAUAUCUGUAUGAAUUGGAUGUCCAUCUUAACCGCUUCCUUAGAUCAGCAUCGAAAGCCAGAGUCGCGUCUCCAUUUACAUUUUCAGAACUUAAAAGCAUUCUAAUUCAACUUGCUGCAGCAUCAAAGAUGAGGAAAGGCACUCUGAGAUAUUGGUUGAGCGCAGGGCCUGGGGACUUCUUACUCUCCCCAGCUGGUUGCCCAACAUCUGCAUUCUAUGCUGUCGUGAUCGAUGAGGAUUUCUCACAAUGCAAAGAAGGGGUAAAAGUGAUAACGUCUGCAAUCCCCAUGAAAUCACCUCUUUUUGCCACUAUGAAAAAUGUGAACUACUUGCCUAAUGUCCUCUCCAAAAUGGAAGCCGAGGAUAAGGGAGCAUUUGCUUCUAUUUGGGUUGACGAAGAAGGUUAUAUCGCCGAAGGUCCAAAUGUGAAUGUUGCUUUCAUAACAGCUGAGAAGGAGCUUAUCUUGCCUAGCUUUGAUAAGAUCUUAAGUGGGUGUACUGCUAUGAGGCUUCUUCAACUUGCACCCAAGUUGGUCGAGCAGGGACGUUUGAGAAGUGUCAAAACUACUGACAUCACGAUCGAAGAUGCCAAAAAGGCUGCUGAAAUGAUGUAUGUUGGAAGCACACUUCCUUUAUUACCUAUCAUCAUGUGGGAUGAGAAACCUAUUGGAAAUGGGGAAGUUGGAGAAUUGACGAUGGCACUCUCGGAUGUACUCUGGGAAGAUAUGGAAGCUGGCCCAGAAACACAGAGAAUUCCAGUUCCAUAUGUGUAGGAACUCAACUCAAAUUAAAGAAUAUGCUCUGAUAGAAUGCUCUGAAUGGAUUUGAAAUCAAUGUUAUUCUGUUUUCUAAGUAGUGGGUGGUAACAGCAUUGUUGCAUCACUGCUUCUUGGUUCUGUGGCACAGGAGUAGGUCUUAAUAAGCUUUAUUUGUGGAGGUUCCCCAGCAUUGCAUAAUCAACUAAAUAGUCUUGCAAUGUAUUGGUACAUGUACUUUUCUAUUUUUAUGUUUGGAAAUUGGAAUCGAUUGAAAGAAUUAAGAAUA